UGCUAAAAAGAUGUGCACGUCCUUGGAAAGAUUGAACCUAUGGGAUGACUAUCGCUAUAAACUUUUGGAUGAUGAGGAGAAACAUUUCUUGGUGCUUAUGUUGGGUGAUUUCCGAGAUGCGAUGAUAUUCCCAGAAGAACUUGUGUGGCGUUUCAAAUGUGAGAUCCCAGGAGAGAUCAAGCUAGUAAGCCGAAAGGGUUACAGUCAUGCUAUUGUGGUUGCCAAGAACCAAGAAAAGCUUGUCUUUACAGUGGGUUGGAGGCAGUUUGUUGGACAGUAUGAUCUACAGAUGGGUGAUUCCUUAAUAUUAAAAUACAAUGGGAACUGCCAGUUUGAUGUCAUAAUCUUUGAUAAGCUUGGCCGUGAAAAAGCAUUAUCAGUUGUUGUGGAUCCUUUUUUGCCUCAGGUCCAAGAAAAUCCCAACAAGGCACAUGAAAUCGGAUCUUCUAAAAAGAUAGAUGUGCCUUCUGAAAGAUACAAAAGCUGGACUGAAUAUCACUACACAAAUUUGGAUGAUGAAAAGAAAUAUUUCUUAAUGGUUAUGAUGGGUGAUUUUCAACAUGAGAUGGUAAAUUUAUAUCCAAAUGCAGUAACACUCCUUUUUAUCUGUUACUUCGGUGUUUUUCUGUAGACCAACGAUUUUCUACUUUCUACUUUAGAUUAUGUGGAGAUAUAUAAUGCUUUAGAGACAUAUACACAAUUAUAUGUAGUCUUUGCAACUUUUGCUCAUGUCUCAUGUUAAUUUGAUGCCUGGAUUGAAUCCAGCAUGGUAGCACAUUCAGGUAUAUUCAUUUGCACAAAAUUUCCUCAUAGUUCAAAUUGUACCAUGCUGUCAGGUAUAUUGAACAGACAAAUUCACUUUGAUUAUAGAGACUAUAUUUUUUUUAUCCUGGUUACGGUUCAUUCAAACAAAAAUAUUGGUUGUUUUCUCCAGAUCAUCUCAGAAGAAUUUGUUCGGCGUUUCAAGGGCGAGUUCCCAAGAGAGAUGAUACUUGAAACAAAAAAUCGUUGCAGUUACAUUAUUGCAGUUGCCAAGAACCAAGAAAAGCUUGUCCUUACAGUGGGAUGGGGCAUAUUUGUUAAAACCUUUGGUCUAGAGAUGGGUGACACCAUAUUAUUCAGAUACAAUGGAAACUCCCAGUUUAGUGUCAUAAUCUUUGAUACACUUGGCUAUGAGAAGGCACUUUCAGUUGUGGAUCUUUUGCGCCUCUUGUGCAAGAAAGGCGCACAACUGUGAAAAGUUCUCAUUUACAUCCUCAGCCCAUACAAAUGGUACUACCAGAGUCACCACCAACCAAAAGGCAGCGGCACUUCCAAAUGGAAGUGGACGAGUCAUGUCAAGGCAAAAUCAUUCUCAUAUGUUUAUGGCUAUAUUUAGUAGUUCUCUUUUCUUGGCGCAGGAGAGUCUUUCUCCUCUGAAGAUAACCAUGGAACACUUGAUGUGCCUCUUUUUUUUAGAACAGGAGGA